ACGGUAGUAUAAUGAGUAAUUAGUGUUGUGGUAGUCAAGUUACAGGUCGUUACGUUUAAUGUCGCAAUGUCACAUGUACCUAAAUUUAAAAUAAACUAACACGUUAUCUUGUUAUAUAAAUAGUAAAAGUCAAAAUUAAUUUCUUCAAAAGAAAACAUGAAGACACAUCAGUCAAAAGCAAUACAACGGAUAAGGGCUGAUAGUUUUAGUACUAUCAAUGAAAAGGCAGUUGAUGAUAUUUCUUUACAGUUCUUCUAUAAUCCACAUACAAUUACCCUUCUACUAAUAUCAAUUGCGGCACUAAUUUAUUUUGCUUUUGUUAGGGACACUGAUAAUCUCGAAAAUAAUAUUUGGGCUGGAGUACUAUGUUGCUGUUUCUUCUUUCUGAUUAUAUCAGUAUUGGCGUUCCCCAACGGACCGUUCACUCGUCCCCAUCCAGCAAUAUGGAGGAUGGUAUUCGGUAUGAGCGUUCUGUACUUGAUGGUCUGCCUAUUUAUUCUCUUCCAGAACUAUAACACCAUUAGGAGUAUUCUGUUGUGGCUGGACCCGUCUUUAACAGAAUUUCAUAUUGACAUGGAUAAAGAAUAUGGAGUUAAUUGCUCAGAUAUAACCAAGGAGAGGAUUUGGGGACACAUGGAUAUAUUUGCUUUGGGCCAUUACUUGGGUUGGAUGUUCAAAGCCAUUUUAAUACGUCACAAUGGUAUUUUAUGGGCUAUAAGUUGUAUGUGGGAGAUAACGGAGUUAGCCUUUGCCCAUCUACUUCCAAAUUUCAUAGAAUGCUGGUGGGAUGCACUUAUUUUGGAUGUUUUACUGUGUAAUGGUUUCGGGAUUUGGUGUGGAUUGAAGAUAUGCAAGAUCUUGGAAAUGCGGGAGUACAAGUGGGUAGGAAUUAAAGACAUUCAUAGUACUACUGGAAAAAUUAAGCGUGCCAUGCUUCAGUUUACGCCUGAGAGUUGGACGUCGGUAAGGUGGUUGGAUCCAAAGUGUUCAUAUAUGCGAAUUUUUGCAUUGUGCCAGUUGGUACUCUUCUGGCAAACUUCAGAACUUAACACGUUUUUCCUAAAACACGUGUUUGAACUUCCCUCCUCACAUUAUUUAGUAACGGGAAGAUUAAUUCUCAUUGGUGUAAUUGUAGCGCCAUCUGUUAGGCAAUAUUAUAGCUAUACUACGGAUACUAGUUGUAAGAGAGUAGGUACUCAAUGUUGGGUAUAUGGUUGUAUAAUGGUAGCUGAAGCUUUAAUAUGUAUCAAACACGGUAGAGAAUUAUUCGAACAAACCCAAAUGAUUAAUAUGGUUCUUUGGUUACUAGUUAUGGUUAUAUUAUCAGUAGCCUUUGUGCUCGGCUGUGUCGUUUACUACAAGUAUUACCCCGAUUCCUUAGAAGUUAGUCCUUCAAAAUCGAAAACGAAGAUUAAAUUCCAAAAUGGAGAAAGGCAAGAUGUUAAAGAUGAUUAG